GAUGACCAACCGUUUCCAUGUGUUUGUGUUGUCAAGGAUUUUUUUAAACCCAUGUAUAUUGAAAAUACUUGUUCAGAUGUACCACCCCCACUAUCUUACAAGUAAACCAAACGUGUCUGAACACGUUUGUCGAAUGCUUCAGUUAAAGUUUGAUACUUCAACAAGUCGGAUGUGUUUUUUAUCCUCCAACAAUAUUGUUUAUUUAAAUAAUAAAAAAUUUUUUAUAAAAUUAUAAAUAAUUACCAAAAUAAUAGGUAAAUUAUAAGUGUUUUGCAAAUGAUAAAUUAUUCAGUGAAUGGACAGAUAAAAAGUGACAGGAACAUUAAUUUUAUUUUACCAUUAAAUUAUGACCCCUUCAUUCAAGAUGGGGCAUAACACAAAAUAUUUUCAAAAUAUUAAAACAAGCAUAUUCAUUUGGACAAUAAUAUUCAUAUCAUUGAUAACCAUUGUAAUGGCUUCUGAUAAAGCAACACCAUGUAAAGAAGAUUCAGAAUGUCAAUCUGACCAAUACUGCUAUAACAUAUCAAAAAUUUGUGUAAGCUACACAAUGUGUAGUCGAUAUAAUAGAUACGAAAAUGACACACAAUCACAAAAACCCACACAAUGUGGACCAUGUUUACCUGGUUUUGUUGCUGAAUUAUAUAUUGAUGGAAAAGAAUCAUCUCUUUGUAUCGACAAGAUACAAUUAAAAUUAAAAAAAGAACAAAUUCCCAUAAAAACAACUCCAGGAGAUGAUGAAUUUUUUAAAGACAUUUGGCUAUGUGGUGGAAUAAUAUUUUUUAUAUUUUUAAUUGUUCCAACUGUUGUUUAUGCAACAAAACACAUACACGGACGAGUUAGGAAUGAAAAAUGGUUUCCAAUGAGACCAUGGAAUCUAUCACCAAGUGCACCACCACCAGAUACUGGUGCAUAUCAUUUGCAACGACCAUAUUAUUCAGAAGAAGAUCCACCAAUUUAUUCAGCAGUUGUUGACAAUAACAAUACAUCAAAAGAUAAAAAUAUAUUGGUAAAUGCUGUGCCAUCAAAAGCACCAGAUUGGGUAAUCAUUGAUCCAUCAUAUGACGAUGGUGAUCCAGAUGUAUCAACAUCAACAAACAUAUCAACAAUGUCAAAUACGACAUUAAAUAUUGAAGAUGAAGAAACAACUCCGAGUUCUUGGACCCCAGAACCAGUAACUGUGGCUGUUUCAACUCGUGCAUUUCAUCAAUUUGCACCAGAACAACGUGACAAUGUUGUUAAUGCUGUACUUGUUAGAGGUGAUUGUUCAUCACCAAGAAAUUCAAGCAAUCAUAGUGAUGAUGGUCCAGCACCAGAGGCUACAUCAUCAUCUAGAACAACUGGUGAUUCUUACAGAGGUCCAAAUGUUCAAAUUAAUCAAAUGAUUACACUAAAUAUGGUUAAAAGUGAUUUUAAUUAAUGACAAUUAUUAAAUGGUAAACAAAUUAAAUUCAAAAUUUUUUAAUUUGUCAUUAUUGUGUCGUAUGAUACUCGAUCGUUUCAAGAAAAAAAAGCAAUAAGAGAUCAAAUUUCUUCGCUCAAUUUUGUACUUCUUUUUUUUUUUUUUUUUUUAUAUUAUUAUCUAUUAUCUAUUUAGAUAGAAAAACAAAUAGAAUAUGAUAGUUCUACUUACGUUUGAAAAACAACUCUGUUUAUUUACAAUAUAUAUUCAGAGUUUAGAUACGUUUAUUUCCUGGUGCAAAGGACCAUUA